UUCGACCUUUCAAUGACGGCAUCCUGUUGAAACGUCAGGGUCAACGUCUGCUGCUUGGUUCACGUUUAAGAAACAGCAGCUAAUAAGAAGUUUAAUUAUUUGCAAACGGGCUAAUUUUAUGUACAAUGCAGGGGAAUAGAAACGUGAGAAAUGUAGACAAACAUUAAGGUUGUCAAUAAUUCACCCGGCGGUGUUUAACCUACGUAAGAGACGCUGAGCGUAAACGCGCGAAACCAGAUGGUGCUUCUGAAAUAAACGUUAACUAAAUCGUCAAAACUGAUGGAGUCGCAGAAGUCCAAUCAACCUGCAAAUGAGACUUCAGCGUCUGAUAAUGAUAAAGAGGAGGAAUGCUGCGCUAAUACGUCCUGUGAGCAGCCUUCAUCACCGAAGCAAGGAGAUUUCAGUGAUCCUGUAUAUAAAGAGAUAGCGGUGGCGAACGGUGCCAUCAAUCGAAUGAAUAGAGAUGAGCUGUGUGCCAAAUGUGCUGAGCUGAAGCUGGACACGCGGGGAGUUAAGGAUGUCCUGAGGAAGCGCCUGAAAAGUUACUACAAAAAGCAAAAGCUCAUGCAUUCAGCUGCUGCAAAUGGGAACACUGAUACAUAUUUUGACUACAUCUGCGUUGUGGAUUUUGAAGCAACAUGCGAAGAGAAUAACCCACCCAACUACCUGCACGAAAUCAUCGAGUUUCCCAUGGUGUUGAUCGACACGCACACUUUGGAGAUUGUAGACUCAUUUCAGGAGUAUGUGAAGCCAGUGGUGAACCCACAGCUCUCUGAGUUUUGUGUAAAACUAACCGGGAUCACACAGCAAAUGGUGGAUGAGGCAGAAACAUUCCAUCGGGUUCUGAAGCGAGCAGUUUCCUGGCUGCAGGAGAAAGAACUUGGCACGAAGUACAAAUAUACAUUUUUGACAGAUGGGUCAUGGGACAUGGGAAAAUUUCUACAUACCCAGUGUAAACUAAGUUGCAUCAGAUAUCCACAGUUCGCCAGAAAAUGGAUCAAUAUCAGAAAGUCUUAUGGAAACUUUUAUAAGGUUCCUCGUACUCAGACAAAACUAAUCUGCAUGCUGGAGAAUCUUGGCAUGCAGUAUGACGGACGUCCCCACUGUGGUCUAGAUGACUCACGCAACAUUGCCAGAAUUGCCGUCCACAUGCUGAAGGACGGCUGUCAGCUGCGGGUGAACGAGUGCUUGCAUUCAGGAGAACCACGGAGCGUGCCUAUCUCUGCUCCCAUCGAGGGAGCCCCAGCGCCUCAAACCCCCAAGAAAAGAAACUGAAAUAUCAUUUGAAGACUCUUACAUAAAAUUACAAAUGCGUAAUCUGGGCAAAUAUGAGAACCUGUCACAAUGCGAGCGUGAGAUAAAUGAGACUAACUAAUGUGGGGUUUCUUAAAAUUGUUCCAGAAACUUAUACAUUUUCUUUUCUGCAAAGGUUUACUACAUAGCGGAUCAGUGGGGUGAAGCUGUGCUUUCACUUUUACUGAAAAAUUUGAUUAUCUACUGUAUUUUAAAACUUAGCCCUGAUAAACUGAAACGGUAGUUUCAAGUAAAACUUAAACCGAUGGGCGAUUAAUACCGCAGUGCAUUGCUUUUCUUAAUUCAUGUUGCACAUCCAAUGAAAAACUCAAUUUGUAUUAUUUUGCCAAUAAACAUUUUUAUAACGCC